AUGGAAAAUAAAAUUAAAUCUAUAAAAUUAAAAAUUGAAGAAUCAAAUCAUUUUCAAAUUCAAAGAGAAUCAGUGUUAUUAAUUCAUCAAUUAUUAUUAAAUGAAAAAUCACAACAAAUUUUCGACUCUUCUUUAAAUCUAUUCUUGCAAUUAAUCUAUAGUCCCUUUGUGCAUGUAAUUGAAACAACAAUAGAAUGUGUGAAAUCAAUUGUAUCAAUUGAUAAAUCAAUGGUUGGUGUAAUUGUUAAAGCCAUAAUUGGUUUAUCAAUUGAUAUUGAAUAUAUGUCAAAAAUAAUUAAAGAGAUCAACAUCAAAGGAAAUUCAGUAUUCCCAUUGAACACUUUAACCAAACAAUUUUCGGUAUCAAAACCAGAAAUCUAUGGCUCAGUAUCAGAAGAGAUUGAAAUAUUAUUAUUAGAUUCAAAUAUUCCAGCUUCACUUAGAGAUCAACGUUUCGAAUUCCUCAAACCAUCUUUAUCAAAUUUAUUAUUAAAUUCAAAUGAAUUACCAAUGGAAACAUCGUUACUUCAUAAUACAUUGAUUAGAAUCGCACACGAUGCUCCCAAUUUAUACCAACCAAUUCUUAGUUUUCUAUCAUCACUAUUAUUUUUAUAUAGUAAUAAUGGUAAUAUUUCUCAACAACAAUAUCGUCAAAAAAUUCAAUUUGUUCGUGACUUAAUCGACUUGAUAAGAUUCCCACCUUCAUCACAUUCACCAACAUUUUCCAAUAAUAAUAACAAUAACAAUAACAAUAAUAAUAAUAGAGAGUCAAAGAACGAAUUCACAAGCUCCAUUUUAUCGAUUUUAUACUAUUUAUUAAAUAUCUUUGUCGAUAGCAAAGAAUCAAAUCAAGUAUCUAUUAGAAAUAAUGUAUUAGUAUAUUUACAAGAGUUAAUAUUGCUAGAACCAUGUAUUGUUUGGUACCAAUCUUAUAACACAGGAUUAAAACAUUAUAAUACACCAAUAAUUGUAGUUCUCCUCCUAUUUUUACCAUCCUCAGUCACAAGUAUUCAACAAAAAAUUUUAGAAUUACUCCAAAUCUCUAUCGACUAUUUACCAAUCAAAAUCACCGACAACAAUCAGUAUUCUAUCAUCACAUCACUUAGAUUAUCAGUUUCUCCAUUAAUCAGAAUGAUCUCAACUUUCAAUUCAUCAAAUAGUCAACAACAGCAACAACAACAUGAAGUUUUAAAGAAAUUAUUAAAAGAUAUUGAAACUUUAAUUUCAACCAUUUCAUUAAAAAUUGAUAAUAAACAAUAUAUAAAUCAAUCAAAUAAAGAAGAUGACGAUAAUGACUAUGACGAAGACGAGAGAAAUUUAAAUAAAUCAUCAGAUAAAAUGAUCAGCUUGGAUACUUUCCUUUUAGAUAAUUUUAUUCCAAUUAAUUUAGCAUGGAAUUUAUUAAUCUCAAAUAGAAAUGGAGAAUUAGUUUAUAGUGUUUUACCAACUUGGUUAAAUAUUUUAAAUUCAAAUAUAAAAUUAAAUCAUGAUAAUCUUCACGAAAAAGAAAAGUUAGAAAAGAAAAAUCAAAAAAAACAAUCAUCACAGCAACAACAACCACAACCACAACAACAAAAAUUAAAUAAUAGUGUUGACUUUUCAAACGAAUUUUUAAUUUACUUUUUAUCACCAUUUUUAUUAUUUAAACACAAUCAACAAGAUCAGUUAGCAUCAGAGAUCCGUAUUGAGGCCAUUCAUCUAUUACCAGUUAUUCCUAGACAAUCAAUUGAAUCCAUUUCAAUUAUACCUUUGUUCUUUUAUGCAAUUCAAAGAGAAGAAAAGUCUGAAGUCAUUUUAGAGCUUUUUGAAACAUUACCAGAAUUAGCAAAAAAUAAAGAUUGUUUUGCCUCAGUAUUAAAAAUUUUAUCAAACUUGGAUCAACAAAAGAAAAAAGAAUCUUCAAUUCUUCCAUCGUUCAUUUUAAGAAUUUAUUGUAAGCUUUGGAAAUCAAAUUCAUUAGUUUUCCCAAAAAUAGAAGAGUUAAUCUAUUCAGUUAUUCAACAGGUUCAACAACAAAAAGAAGAAGAAACAAAUAAAUUUGAUCAACUAUUUGAAGAUAAAUUAUCAACUGCCCAAACCAUUAAAGAUAUAUGUGAGUUUGAUCCCGAUCAAGGUCAAGAAUUAAUCCAACCACUUUCACAAUUUUUAUGUAAAGAAAGUAAUCCAUCCAUUUUAUCUCUAUCUUGUGAGGCAUUAAGUUCACUAUGCAAAUAUGAAAUCAUUAGCUUUACAAGUGCCUGGAAUGUAAUUAAAAAGAACUUGGGCCAUGAAGAAGGCUUUGAAAACGAUAGACGUUCACCAAUCGUGUUGGUUAGCCUUUUAGAGUUCUUUUCAAAUGGUAUUAACGAUUUUAAUGGUCAAGCUUCGCUGGAACAAAAAACUAUCGAUGUCAUCACCGAUAUUAUUAAAAGAGUUUGGAAUUUAUCAAGUCAUCAAGAUAGUAAUGUUUCUUCAAAGGCAUAUUAUGUAUUGGCAAAGUAUAUUCAAGCUUUAGAGAACCAAGAGCUUUUAGAAAAGAUCCAAUCAAAAAUACCAGCACUUUUAGAGAGAUUAGGCAAUUUACCAAAAAACACUCCAAUAGAUCCAAACUUUACUUUGCUUUUAGAUUCAUUAUUAGAAAACGAACUUAAAGAAAAGAGAUCAUUAAAAACAGCUCAUCAAAAUAUUAAACAAACCAAAUCAGUUUCAAUAUUUAAUAAUAACAACAAUAAACUCUUAAAGAUUAUGAGCUUAUUAGAGGACGAAUUAGAUGAAGAAUCAAGAACUGGUAUUAAAUCUGGUAUUAUUUUAGGUUUACUCUGGUUUAGCAGUGAUUCAAAUAAAGACGCAUCAAGUGAACCGAAGAAGGAAACAAAGAAAGAAAUUUUAAUGAACUUUAAAUUCAACAAAGGUUUAUUAAAUGACUCUAUCGAGUUUCUUGAUAACUCUAGAGAUUUACUUACCAAGGUUAUGUCAUUGGGCGCAUGGGGUAGAUUCAUGAAUGAAUGCUUCAAUGCAUACGAAAAGAACGAUAUUAUGAGACAAUCUUUACCAAGCGGAACCAAAUUAACUGCAAAAGAAACCCACGAAAAAGUAUUUGACGAAAUUCAAGAGCAACUUUUAGAAACCAUCACAGGAAACCCAUCAAGUGUUCAAGCUGAAAAUUCAAUCUUUGCUUUGGUCAUGAUGUCUAGAAAUCUUUCAAGAGUCUGUUAUUCUAAAAUGGAGUCUGUAUUUAACCAACUCUUAAAAUGGGUAACUGAAUCUAAAACUAUAUUCUCUGGUAACGCUGAUAUUGUUGUAGGUGCAUCUUAUUUAGGUUUGGGAAUAUUGGCUCCAUGUCUUUUGGCCGAUAGUACUCUAGUUAAAGAUGCAAUCUCAUCUUUAGAAUUCUCAGCAACCUCAAGCGAAAGCAAUGUAGAUGCAAAUGUUAAAUUCAAUUGUUAUUUGGCUUUAGGUAUUUGCUCCAAUCAAUUGUUAGCUACCCAACUCGAAAAGAAGAGAAUUAAUUUAAUAUUGUACAAUGCAUUUAUUGAACAAUUUGGUAACCCAAAAUCAACAAAUAUUAAUGAAUCUAUGGCAAUUAGUGGAUUAUGCUUUGCAAUUGGUUACUGUAGUAGCUCAUUUGAAGAGCUUUCAAUGACUGAUAAUCUUUUAAAGAUUAAUGAAACUAUUGAAAAGAACUUAUUACACAACCAACAAUUUAUUAAUGAUUGUCCACUUUCCUAUGGUCUUCUUCUCAUCUCGCACUCUUCUAUUGUCGGAAGUUGUUUCAAAUUAAACCUUUUACCAGCUGCUGAAAUCAAAUCAAAAGUUGUUCCAUUCUACCAAAAUAUUGGUAACAAGAGUUCAAUUUAUCAAUGUAUUGCUUUUAACAAUUUAAUUCAAACUCUUUUUAGACAAGGCUAUACCGAAUUAGAUUUACAAUUCAUACAAUCCAUUUUAAUGGCAAACAAAACAGUUAUUUCAGAAAAUAGCAACUCCUCAUCAUUGGAAAAGAUUAACUCUGUACUUUCAACAUCAAUUCUUUUAGGUUCACCAAUUUUAUCACAAUCUACAUCAUGUUUAGAUUCAACAUUAGAAGGCAGCGUUUUAGAUUUCAUAAACUCCCAACCAUCAAGUAGAAAAGACUUUAAACAACUCUUGGAUGAAAUAAUAGAUGCAAUGACCCAACUCUUUGAAUCCGCAAAUACCGACUCAAAAACAAUUAGAUAUACCGCAAUUUGUUUAGGUUCAAUUACACUUCCAAUUGGUAAAAAAUCAAUGUCUGCAUCAUCAACAGUUUCACAAGAACCAGAAAACUAUGACCAUUUACCAAACGAAUUAUUCAUAAAAAGUAUCUUCAACUAUUUAGUAUCAUCCUCUUCAUUACCAAAUAAAUCUAGUGAAGAAACCAUAGAGUGCUGCAUUAGAGUGUUCUCAAAAGCUGAUGGGGCUAAAAUGCCAUUAGUUAACUGGGGCUCAGUUAUUAAAAGAGUGUACAAUCAAACCGAAAACAUCAAAGUCAAAAAGCAAUGUAUCGAAUUUGCAGCUGAAAAUAUAACUCUUUCAAGUUUAUCGAUUGUAGUUUCUGAAUGGUUAAGUGUAUCUCAGUUCAAGAACAGUAACACAUCUAUUCAAAAAAAGCUUUUAAAAGUUUUACCAAGAGUUUUAAAUCAAUUGACCCCAACACGUAUCAACUCUAUCUUUGACGAUAUUUUAUUAAAUAUUUCAAACCAAACCUUCAAAAUCUAUAAAGACUACCCACCAACCAAUUUAUUUUUAUUAUGGAAAAUCCUUAGCAGAUCCUUUAAUAGCAAUACAAAUGAUAGUAGUGAUCAAGAUGAAGACGAAUACAACUUUAAUAUUAAACCAUCAAAAGAACCAAUGUCAAACGAAACCAAAGAAAUAGUAUUUAGAUUUAUAGUUAUUAAUAUUAAACUUUUACCAAGUCCAUAUAAUUACGAGAAUGAACUUCUUUCAAGCGAAAAUAUUAAAUUAUUAAACAUUGCAAGUGAAUCAUUACAUCAUUUACCAAAAGAAAGAAUACAAGCAAACCUUCCACUCCUCUCUGGUAUCAAUGAUAUUGAUAACGAAGCUAAAAUUCAAUAUCUUUAUGUACUAGUUUUAUCCAAAGGUAGUCUUGGAAAGCCAUCUCUUUCAAAUUUCUAUAAAAUCAAAUCAUGGUGUUUCUCCUCCACUGAUGCCACCCAACAAAGCAAAGUUCUUUCUAUUUUGCCACUUAUUUUAACAAAACCACUUAUCGAUAACCAAAGCCAAUUUGGCUUCGAUGUCAUCUUAAAUGAUAUUUUCGACUCUAUAUCACUUACAUCAAAACAACAUAUUAUAGGUUUAGAAUUAUUAUCACAAUUAAUUUCAAAUCAAAUUAAUUUAAAUAUUUUCGAAUUUAAUUCAUUCUUUAAUUUAUAUAAUAACGUUGAUAUUAAUACAACUCAAGAAGAAAAAGAUUCUUUAAACAUUAUUUAUAACUUUAGAUAUUUAGAACUAUUACCAUUCUAUUUUAAAGUUUUAUUUAAUAAUAGCACCCAACUAGACAGCCAAGAUAUCAUUAAUAAGCUUUCAACAAUACUUCAAAACAAAUGCUCUUGCAUGGAUACCAAGGUUAAAUCUAUUGUUUUUUCAUCCAUUUUAACUUUAAAACAACUAAAUAAUCAACAACAAAAAGAUAACUCUCAAUUAUCUUUAUUUAAUCUUUAUAAACUAAUAAAUAAUAAAUAA